AUGGCGGCCAAUGAUGAUGAUCCCGGCCGUGUCUCCCCCAAUGCCGAUACUUCCGGCGCCUCGUUCUACAGCUAUCUCACCUAUAGCGCCGCAUGGGAUGCGCUGACUUCCGACGAACGGGAGGCCUUCAAACGAACCUUGCCUCUUCAACGAAACGGCGCACCGGAACCGGGCAUCAAUGGAUAUCUGGAGCUGGUGAUGAACAGUACCGUCAACGUCGAUGAGUUGUUCGACCGGCGCAUCAGCUAUCCUGAUGUUUCCGCUCGGGAGCGUCUGGCUCAGCUUGUCGGCUUGGACGAUCACAAAACGCGCCUGACGAAGGCCCUUGGGCUGCUCGUAAACCCCGCCGGAUUGGAGGCAUGGGCGCGGAAGCAUCACGCUGGACGGACUGUCAUUAUGGAUACAGUCCUGAGGCGCCCGCCUCUUGUCGUGCUCGCCGGCGACGUGGGGUCGGGGAAAACCGAACUUGCUGAAACGAUCGGUGAUGCUGUCGCACGGCAAGAAGACAUUGACAUCACCUUGUUGCCGCUGAGCCUGUCAAGUAGAGGGCAGGGUCGUGUUGGCGAAAUGACACAACUUCUCUCGGCCGCCUUCGAUUACACGCUGUCCCAGGCCAUGAAGCUAAAAGGCAGUACGGGCAAGGCCCGUGGCGGGCUAAUUCUUUUGGUGGACGAAGCAGAUGCGCUGGCUCAGUCCCGUGAGGCCGCGCAGAUGCACCAUGAAGAUCGCGCGGGCGUUAACGCAUUCAUCCGCGGAAUUGACACGAUCGCCAACGCACGCGUGCCUGCUGCCAUCAUCAUGUGCUCUAACCGCCUCGGGGCAAUGGACCCCGCAGUCAAGCGGCGCGCGGCCGACAUCAUGGCCUUUAGUCGCCCCAAUGAAGUGCAACGCCUGUCA